CUAGGGAGUCGCUUUCGGGCCUCUCCCAGCCCAGGCCCCUCAGUGAUCCCUAAGGAGUCAGGUGGGGAGCCGUAUUUUCUCCCCUGGCUGGGAUAAGGACUGAGGGGACAGAAGCACUCUGCCUACUGCAGGGCGAUGACAAUGGUGAGGUGCACCGGGCUCAAGUUAAGACGUGGGGACCUUGGAGAUCCAAGCCCCUCCUUUACAGAGCAGGAAAUUGAGGCAUAGAACCCAGGACUGGAGGCAGGGACACUGAAAUGAAGGCAUCUUGCAUCCCAGCUCCAUACCAGCACGUAGGCGGCAGAAAAGCGGAUUCCCUGUCCUCUGAGUCUUGGGCUGCCGCCUCGCUCUCCUGGUGGGGCGCUCCCAACCCUCUAUCCCUUUUUGCUCCUGUUUUUCCCCUCUCGCUCAUAGCUGGCGGGAAAGAGCAGCCUCGGGGCUUCCACUGGAUCAGGAGGCUCCUCAGGUCUCAGGCCCACCUAGAUGUGGAGCCCCAUAACUGGAAGAUCUGGAGGCAGAGCAGUGAAACAAACUUGAGGAGGAGGAGUUUGAGGCAAACUCAGGAUGGGGCCGUCCCUCCUUGCAGCCCGUCCAUGGGUUUCUCUGCCUUAGAGGAAUUGGAAGUGGAACCAUGCACCGUCGUGUUGAACAGCAAUGGAGUGUGGAGAGACGAGCAAGCAGCCAGAGCGCCACACGUGCGACUGUCUCCAUGCUCCCGCCGGGCAGUCCCUCCGGAGAAGCCGCGGUGGGCUGCUACUCCUGGGCUUCUGGACAAGGAUAACUCUGGGGCCAUCAUGGUCAUGAUUCUCACAGAAGACCCUGAGAUUUCUGUACUUGAGCAGUGUCAGGUGCCACCAGACUCCUUCUGA